AUGGUACGUGGCCAUCACGGACUCCAUCACCACCUCGCUCCAGGCAUCCCGCCCAUCAACACGAAUAUUUCCGGAAAACGUCCGGCUGGGGGUCCACUGUCUGCCGGCGCCUCCUCGCCACCGGCUAAGAAGCAGACGAAGUGGGCACCGGAAGAAGACGCUCUGAAUAUCGAGCUGCGAAGGUCGGGAAUGAAGUGGGAUGACAUUGCGGAGCGAUUGCCGGGACGGAGCGCGAUUAGUUGCCGGCUGCGGUAUCAGAACUAUAGCGAGAAGAGGCCGGAGUGGGAUGAGGAGCGGAAGAACAAGUUGGCGCGGUUGUACGCAAGAUUCCGCAAAGACAUGUUCGACAUCCCUGCCAAAGAAAUGGGCCUCCCCUGGAGAGCGGUCGAAUCGAUGCUAUGGCACAUGGGCCACGAAGAAAUCGCCCAGCGUGCCAAUGCCCCC